AACUUUGUAGCAGAUAAAUGGUGUCAGAGAAGGAAAUCACUUUGGAUUUGGAUGGUGGUGUUGGUAACGUUUUUUAGUAUGUGGGGUAGUCCCUAAAUGCUCCUCUGUUAGAAGUUAACUUAUGGACUUUUUUUUCCCCUUGAUGAAGCCUUAUGUUGGAUUGAAUCCCUUUGUUUCACAGUAAUUCACAGGUCUUUUUAAAAUGCCGUAAAGGCAUCUGAAAUUUCUGCAAUGCUAACAUAAUUCUCCCCAGAGUGUUAUUUCAGCCUCAGUGACUGCUGAGGUCUGUGAAAGGGAAAAACAGCCUGAUGGGAGUUUUCACUGUACCUUUCUGAAGAGAACCCUGCAUUUUAUUGCUCUCUGGGUUGAACUGGUAGAGCUCUCAUGUCAUGCUGACUUUUCACAGCAGUUGGAGCUGUGCAACAGGUAUGCAAGAUGAUGGUGCAACAGGAAAAAGGAUGAGAAAGUUAAGUGUUGGGCAGUAUGACAAUGAUGUCCCUGGGCAGCCCUCGUGUAACAGGUGUGGAUGGAUGACAUCUCCUGCUACUGACCAGGCUAUAAUUCUAGAAUCACCAAUUGCUCUAGGGGAGACUAAGGAGAUGGUUGUAAAUUGUCAAGAUGAAAUAGGUGGAGAAAUCUUCUCCACAACAGAAAAUGGAAAGGAAUCUGUCACAUCCAUGCCAGUUUUUUCCCUGUCACCAGAGAUGACAUAUGUGACAGCACCUCCACUAUACCAUCAGCGGAUUCUCUCCAGCCAAAAUGUCAGCAGCCCGGCUGAGCUGUACAGAACCAUUCCUGAAUCUCAAAGUUACGCGGAUGCCAUUAACCACUCUAUGGUGAUGUCUGACAGCACUGUGGGCACUAAUCCUUCUUUGCUGAGGGCCAACAUGCAGAUGGAUCUCUCCUUUCAGCGCUGUUUUGCAUCUUCGUGUACUGUUUCAAGUAACAGUGCUAUCCCAGGGGCAGAAAGCUCUUCUGCAACAGAACGUCUUUGGCUUGAAAGCAGCCCUACAACUUCCCUAUCACCUCAGUUUUCAGUGGGAAACACCAGGCAGCCGGGAGGUUACCUUCUGCCCUCUGAAUUUUCAAAUGCUGUGCAAGACGUCUCUCUCUUGUCUCAUUUCCAAACUCCAGGACUGCAAGUGGUCACCCUGAGCAACGUGGAGAAUUCACCAGCAGAACCACAGCAAGAACAUGCUCUCAGUAGCAGUGCCCAUGGCUGCCUGAGCUACAGGGAGGCUGUCAGGGGCAGUAGCUCUCCUGGAGAGGAGAUACAAGCUACUUGCAUAGCGAAUGCUAGUACCUCUCCUAAAACCCUGAGCUCAUCAGUGGCAAGUGCUGAGGAGAGUGACUUUUUGACACAAAACUUUCUUAGAGUGACCUCUGGGCACAACAGCCAGAACAGUGCAGUUCAGCAGCACCGUGGAGGGAACCUGCGUGCUCAACCCCCUCUUCCAGAGAAGAAGAGGUCCUCUGAAGGAGAACGUUCCUUUGCCUCGGUGUCGCCUUCUUCAAGUGGCUUCUCUAGCCCUCACAGUGGAAGCACAGUCAGCAUUCCCUUCCCAAAUGUCCUCCCAGAUUUCUCAAAAAUGUUAAGCCCUUCCCCAGUGCCAGAAAACACAGCUGAUAAACAUGUGACUGUUAAAUUUGUUCAGGACACAUCUAAGUUCUGGUAUAAGCCCGAUAUUUCACGAGAACAAGCCAUUGCUGUUCUCAAGGACAAGGAACCUGGGUCAUUCGUUGUUCGAGACAGUCAUUCUUUCCGGGGAGCCUAUGGGCUAGCAAUGAAAGUUGCUACACCACCUCCAUCUGUGCUGCAGUUAAAGAAAGUUGGAGAUUUCUCAAAUGAACUCGUAAGGCAUUUUCUAAUUGAAUGUACUCAGAAGGGGGUACGCUUGAAAGGAUGCCCGAACGAACCAUAUUUUGGGAGUUUGACAGCUCUGGUGUAUCAGCAUUCCAUCACUCCACUGGCGUUGCCCUGCAAGCUCCUUAUCCCAGACAGAGAUCCCUUGGAGGAGAUAGCAGAAACUUCUCCGCAAACUGCUGCAAACUCAGCUGCAGAGCUUCUCAAACAGGGUGCAGCAUGUAAUGUUUGGUACCUGAAUUCAGUGGAGAUGGAGUCCCUCACAGGCUACCAGGCGGUACAGAAAGCCUUGAGCUUGACACUGAUGCAAGAUCCUGCUCCUGUCUCAACCGUUGUCCAUUUCAAGGUGUCUGCACAGGGAAUCACACUGACAGAUAAUCAAAGAAAACUCUUUUUUCGGCGACAUUAUUCAGUCAAUACUGUUAUUUUCUGUGCUUUGGAUCCACAGGACAGAAAAUGGAUGAAAGAUGGCCUUUCUGCAAAAGUGUUUGGGUUCAUUGCCAGGAAGCAAGGCAGUGCCACAGACAACGUGUGCCACCUCUUUGCAGAGCACGAUCCAGAGCAACCUGCCAGUGCCAUUGUGAACUUUGUAUCAAAGGUCAUGAUUGGAUCCCAGAAGAAGAUCUGAUGCCUUUCCUUCCAUCCUUGAUUUAGAGCUCUUCGCUGACUUCACUGAAGGAAAUCACUGUGAGAGGGAGAAAGGCUAUUCAGCAACAGUCUGAACCUUGUUAUUCCCAAUAAAGAAAGCAGAGGAUGGCCUGUGUACUGUAUUUGCAAGAGUUCAGACUUCUAUUUGAAGAUGCCUCUGACUUCACAAAGCAUUAUUUCUUUGUUUUUAUACCAGAGAAAAAAAAAGCUGGGUGCCACCCAAACCCAUGUAGCCCAUACCUGUAUGAAGCAUAAAUGAAAAACUUUUCUCCUGAAGGGUUUCUAAUGUAUCUUCAUGUGCUGUUUCUCAUCGUUUAUUGGAGCAGAAAUGCUCAUUAGAUUGUGCUACUUUUUCGUUCAGAAAGUAUAUAACCUCCACAAACACACUUGCCGUGGUUGCAUCAGUGGUAGCUAGAGACCUUGCAGACAUACUCUUAAGAGAACGAUCGUCUGAGGAAGACUGUUUGCUCUUCCCUUCGUCUUUGUGAUCAGUGAUGGGAACUGAAUAGAGAAAGGGGAAGAGGUAUGUGAAGUGAAGGUUUGUGCAGGUUGAUUUCUGAUAAGAAAGGAGUGGCAGUUGGAAUAUUCAGUAAGAUAGCUCUAUAUUUAGUGUUAAGAAGGCUGGGCUGUUUUACUUUGAAAAUUUUUAAAUAAGAGAGAAGUGGCAGAACAAAAAAAGUUUGUGUGGAAAUCUGUAAUUAGGGAGGUUUGUGUUGUCUAUAGAAAGCACUAAGCAGGGAAGAUUCUGCAUUUCAAUAAUUACAGGAUAACAAUGAGGGGAAAGCAAAGAGAAAAAUUGUAUAAUU